GAUUUACAAGUGUUAAACUUCACUUUUACUAUUUAUUAAAUAGUACAGUAGAACUUUAAAAAUACAUAAACAUGGAAAACGUAUUAUCUCUGACAGAUUCAAAGAAUCCAAUGAAUAAAUGUAUUACAUUGUCAUGGAAACAUAUUUACAUAUGCAUUAAAUACACGUCUCCUUAAUUGCAGGAUAAUUCUUAUUUCUAAAGCACAUUGCUGCUUUCACGCAUGUAUUCAAUGCAUGUUAGAUAUUUUAGCCAACGCUGAACUAUAAUUACAUGGAUUACAUACAUGCUUACAUCCAUCAGAAUUAUCAACCAUUGCUGGGCAUAACAAAAAAUACUUCUUUCUUAAAACGUGGGCGAGUUAGUCUCACUUUUUGUCAUAAAUUAAAUACAGAUAUUCUUCUUUAUCCGCAUCCAAGUCCGACUUGCACAGGAUUUUGCAAGGCGAGAAAGCGGAGAGUCUAUUGCAGCCGAUCCUCCCGUACGACGAGUUGUGGACGAGUCUAGAGUCAACCUAAGAAAAACCUGUGAGGAUUUUGUACCCCUCAAAUUUCUUCCGUCUCACUCCCAUAAGCCAGCAACGAUGAAUUCCCCUCAUUCACGAUCAUCCAACGCCUCUCGUACGUACCACACUUGCCUCACUCUCCGUAUGCAGAGGCAACUCGUGCAAUUUUCCAUCAUUAGUUUGCAUCCGUCCAUUGUGUAAUUUGCAAAGUUCAAAGCUUUGCCUUGUUUUGCUGGCGUUUUCUCAAUUUUACUCAAUUUUUAAUCAAAUACUCCGCACGUCAACCAACAACCAGCCGACCAACAGCCCAACAGCCAGGAUCCAACGUAAGAAAAUCUUACUCGGAGAUUGAACUUUGCAAAAUUCUUCCUUCACACAGCACCCCAAAUCCAAUCCUCAAAUAAUAGUCCAAAUAAUAGUCGGAAUACAAUAGUUUCCGUCUUUUUCCUUCGUUUGCUAGUGCAGCAAAGUCAGUUUUUUACCAAAUUGUCGUGUCACAGUAGUAAGCAUAUCGUUUAUUAGGAAUGAAACACAGUAAAAAAUAUAUGCUGUGCGUCCCAGCUAUGUACAUACAAAGAGCUUGCGGAUAAUAAAGCUUUAUACAUGCACUAUAUUUUGCAAAAUCUUAAUCUAAGCCAUUCUGCGAGUAAAUUAGUGCAAAUUCAUAAUGCAAGAUAAAACAUUAUGAAUCUCAUACUUUUCAAAUUACCUCGAUUAGAAUUUUACGUUGCAUUUGCAUUAAGUAUGUAUAACCUACAUUACAUAAUUUUCAUUGUCUGUGGAGAUUGGAAGAAUAAGUUGGAGCAAACACGCAUGUACCAUGUACGCAUGUACCAAUAUUUAUCUAGUUACAUAAGGCCACUAACAUCGGAUACCGGGUCGGAUUUUAAAGCCAACUCGAGUAAAGAUUUAUUAUCUUGUUAUGUAAGGUUGUGAGUCACUAGUUCAUCCAAUCACCAAAUCUCCGUUGCUGUCACAAAUGUAACUCGCAAACGUUUAUUCUGUUGUUGGUUCACACUAUUUAAAACCAGAGUAUUACACCGAUUUGCUUCAAAAUGAUGGACGAAUUAAUCGAAAUCAUGUUGAGCCAAGUGGUUCAGAAUUACAUUCCAUCGAUUGAGAAAUCAAUCCUGAAUAAGUUGCGAGCUGAAAUGCAUUUGGAGAGAGAAACGAACAAUCGGAUAACAGAAUUGGAAAAUUCAGUGAAAUCCAUAGAGCAUCGAAUAACAAAUUUGGAAAAGUCGGCUCAAGAAAUAAUACAAAAGACUGACGAAACUCGAAACCUAAUCAAUUGCUCGUGGGGACAGAUUGGCACCAUAAUUACACACGAAAUUGCAGCAGUAGAAGAACGCCAAUGUAUCAAGCUAGAGAAAUCAAUUACAGAAAACAUUGCAACAGUAGAAAAACGGCUAUUCAGCAAGCUAGAGAAAUCAAUUACUGAGGAAAUUGCCAAAUCGGAGGAGAUGAACAAGGAAGUCAAAAAAUUAAACCAACACAUCCAAAAAACGAAAAAGACGAUCAAAAAACAGAACAAAGGAGCAAAUCAAAUUCACAAGGCAAAUGAAACAUUAAUUUUGAAUUCGCAAAGCCUACUCAGGGAGAGAAUGAAAAGAAUAAUCAGCAUUAUCAAGAAGAAAGCAGUUGUCACUCUUCCAAAUGAUCCUGCUCAACCCGAUAAUUCCAUCCCGGUUCAUGAAGAGAGCAAUUCCGAGGAACCGAAUGCAAUCGAAGCUGAAGAAAUUGAGACCGUAAACAAUGAAAUUCUACAAUUGGACGCUGACAAAAACCAUACUCCCAACGAGGAAAACAAACCCAAUAAUUUCCUUUCUGGUCAUACGAGUAUGCCAAAAUUAAUUCCGGAACAACCCAUGCGAAUUUAUGGAAGGGUUAUACAUAAUUCUUCCUCUGUAAGAAGUUGUCAGUACUCGAAAAGUUCAAAGUCAAAUAGCACCAAAAACCGUGAUUAUAAUCAAGCCUUCAAGUGUAACAUGUGUCCCAAAUCGUUCUCCUGCAAGUACACCCUUGUCCGUCAUAAGAGGAAACAUGAAUAAUUCCAUAUCCAGCCGAAGGAUACCGGAACUCAUUCUCUGUGUCAAAUAAGAAUUUGAUUUGUAGACGGGAUACAUAAGAACUAAUAAUACGACUUUCAGAUUUCCAGAUGACGAUUCUCCAUCAUACGUUAAACCAGAAGGUUGUCCACAUCUAUAUCAUCGAUUGGCGUCGUCUCCAAAUGAGGAUAUGAAUCCUUCAAACAUCCAGCAAAUAUCGACUUUCCUUGGAAUAAUGCUACCCACACUGAUAAUCUUAUUCGUAAUACUCGCGAUUUAUUGCUGCUGUCAAAGACUGAGGAAUCGUGUCCCCAACUACUUGUCGAUGCAUUUCCCACUUUACGACGACGGGGCUGAAGAGUGUCAUUUGAAUGCGCCCAUUAUGGGAAGGAGGACGUUAUCGGUGCCAGGGUUGGAACUCCCUAGAACGUUCAAAUCAAGUUUUGGAUUUGGCCGCAAUGAUUCACAGCAAUUUAUUUAAACAGAUUGGGAAAAUUUUUACAACGAAAUAUUUUAUUUAUAAUUGAGAAGGAAGUUCGAAUUAAUUUGUUAAAAUUUUAGUUGAUAAUGACUUAUUUGAUAGUCAAUGAUCAUAUUAAUAUUGGACAAAUCCCUUAACCUGCACCAUGGAUUUGCUACCUUGACCUUUUGAAACAGCAUUCAAACUUCCAAUCUGAUAUCCACCACCUGAUUAGAAAUAAGUUUUACGCAUUAAACUUCAUACAUACAUACAUAUUUACAUAUUUACAUAUUUACUGAUUAUUGCUUAUUUUAUAUCGUGAAAAAUAAAAUCAUACUUGGAUGAAUGA